UUCGAUAAGUGACGCCACAAAGGUGAAAACGAUGGAUGCAGGUGGUAGCAGGUAUAAAUUGAUAGAUAUCACCGCCACAUCUACACAAUUCUAGUUCUAGUUCAGGAUAUAUUUAAUCUAUCUACGAUUCAGUUCUAUCGCAAUCCAAUUACAAAUCAAAUCAAAUCAAAUAGAACGACACGAUCUAGCCCAGUCCAACUCGAAUCAACAGCAAAUAUCAAAGCAACCAUGCCUUCCCUCGUUGAAUCCCUCACAAACCUCGUCUCCUCCAUCUUCAACACUAUCAUCGCAGCCUUCAGCUCCAUCAUCGCCUUCCUCCAAUCAAUCCUCAACACGAUUCUCGGCCUCAUCAAUGCAUUUUUCGCAGCAAUCGGUUCUGCUAUCGCGGGUAUUGCGCAGACGUUUGAGGGAUUGGUGAAGUUCCUCUUGAGCAACUUAGUUAUCGUCGUCGCUCUCGGCGCUGCCUUCGUCACAUACACCGUCUAUCAACGUAGUCAAGGAAGACCUGUUACUGCUGCACCCGGCAGCGCCAAGAAGGCUUCUUAAACUUGUCUUCUCACGAAUCUCGGCGUCCAAACGGGUGAUGGUGGGAUACAAAAUAAAGAAAAUAAGUGCUAGGAAACUUCCAGCAGAAUAACCACAUGAGAUGCACAGGAGGAGUGCUGACCGGAAAGAAGGAAAGUGAAGGGGAGGAAAUAAUAAAACAAUGAAACAAGGGCGGUUCACUCGCGGAGUAUACUUUAUGAUACCUCACUACUUAGUACUAAUACAACAAUCAAACAAUAAUCCAUCUUGG